CUACAGUCGCAUCCGUUUAUCAUAAGAGACGGCAAUCAAUACGAGGGAUACGUAAUCGAUGUGUUGAAUGCAAUGAGAAAUAUCUCGGAUUUAAACUAUUAUUUAACGGAUUCGAAGGACUCAACCACUUAUAGCCGUGAAAUGGAUCCCAUGUUUCAUCUAAUUCGUGAGCUCUGGAGUAAUCUAGUAUACCUAGUUAACACGUAA